AUGUGGAACAUCCGUGUCGCAAUAGUUGUUGUUCUUAUUGUCUACUCUAGCGCUGAAGACGAACAUGAUAAAAGUGACAGAAGUGAAUACAAAAGAGCUCUCGCUAGAAAUUGUGAAAUGUCAUAUUCCACAACUUGCCUGAAACUUGACAUUGUUUCUUGGGUGGACAAACUGAAUGAGGAUAAGAAUUUCAGUAUAUUUCCGGGAAUAUCAAUAGUGCGUGAAAACGUUAGUGAAAAUACUGCUGAUAUUGUAACCGAUUUAGCCCGAAACUUUCCUAAUGACCCAGACGCUCGAUUGGAUGCCUUCUUCCUGAGAAAAAUCCAAGGAUAUUUGAAUAACCAUGCUAUUCGAAUCAGCCUCUUUGACAAAAGUGAAGCUGAGUCUGCUCGUAAAGGAGGUGGCGGAGGUGGUGGAGGAGGAAAGAAAGGUGGGGGCAUGGGGAUGAUUUUCGCUGCAGCCGCUAUGAUGAAAGGGACAUUGAUGGCUCUGGCUCUCAGUGCAUUAGCUGCCAUUGCAGGAAAAGCAUUAAUGACUGCAAUGAUUUCCCUCCUAUUAUCUGGUAUUGUCGGACUCAAGUCCCUUUCUGGUGGAGGAGGAGGUAAAGCCACUUAUGAAGUUAUAUCCAAACCAGUUGUUACCCAUUCACAUACCUCCUCUCAUGAAGAUUAUCAACAUGGGCAUUCUGGAUAUGGACGGAGUUUUGAUAUGCCGCUACCACUAGCUUUACAACCUGGAUACAAAAUGGAUUAAUUAGUUUUAUUUUUUUCAAUUUUCGUGCAAUAAUUUAUUUAUUUAUUUGAAAAUUUCAGAUUCGAUGUGGUUGUACAGCUUUUCAGAGAAAAAUCACAAAAAUGUACAUUGAAUAUUUUUUGAAUAGCUUGAAAACCAAUUGGGUCCUGAUAAUAUAUUGCAGAAAAAGUU